AUCUGCGUGUGCAUACUUGACUAUUGUAUGAGACAUUUGUUCAGUUUUUGUGGUCGUCUUUGGCCUUCUCUCAAACAUAAGCAUUGCCUGAAUUGUCACUUUCCUUUUCUAACCCUGCAUUUUCCCUAUAUAAGCUAAGCCCCAUUCCCUCUUCGAAGUACUAAGCAGCUCUCACCACACAAUCUUCUCUCCCUCUUAAAUUGUCUCUCUCAAAAUGGCCAUUCCAGCAUUCUCCAUUGCUUCUCUUGCAAUCUUCUUCUUCAAUUUAUGCCUCCGCGGCGCUUACGGUGAAUAUGGACAUGCCACUUUCUACGGCGGGGGAGAUGCUUCGGGCACAAUGGGAGGUGCUUGUGGGUAUGGAAACUUGUACAGCCAAGGCUAUGGCACAAAUACUGCAGCACUAAGCACUGCUCUCUUUAACAAUGGCCUCAGUUGUGGGUCUUGCUAUGAGAUCAGAUGUAACGAUGACCCGAAAUGGUGCCUCCCAGGAACGAUCACCGUUACGGCGACAAACUUCUGCCCGCCAAACCCUGCCCAGUCCAAUGACAAUGGCGGGUGGUGCAACCCUCCUCUCCAGCACUUUGAUUUGGCUGAGCCUGCUUUCUUGCAAAUUGCCCAGUACAGGGCUGGCAUUGUCCCUGUGUCUUUCCAAAGGGUGCCCUGCAUGAAGAAGGGAGGAGUAAGGUUCACAAUCAAUGGCCACUCUUACUUUAACCUGGUGUUAGUUAGCAAUGUUGGCGGUGCCGGUGACGUCCAUUCGGUGUCGAUCAAGGGUUCAAAAACAGGGUGGCAACCCAUGUCCAGAAACUGGGGGCAGAACUGGCAGAGCAACAACUACAUGAACGGCCAGAGCCUUUCUUUUCAGGUCACCACCAGUGACGGAAGGACUCUCACUAGCUACAACGUGGCUCCCGCGAAUUGGCAGUUUGGCCAGACAUUUGAAGGGUCUCAAUUUUAAUUGCUAUGACUCCUCUUCAGUAGUAUUAAAGUUUAGACAAUCAGGCAACGUUCAACCACCUGAAGGCGAGUGAACAAAAUCAGACUUGUUUGGGAGAGACUCGAGGAAUUUAGAGCCUAUUGCUGUGGUGGUUAACAAGCACCCGCUUAGGCUUAUAUAUACAUAUAAACAUUUUCGAAAGGUUUUGCUUUGUGGUUAGAGAAAGGUUGAGUUAUAGUUCAUCCAAUUGUAAGCCUUAGUUUGAAAUCAAGGCUAUAGAGAUAUUUAAUUGGUAGCCUCAGGUUGAAAACAAGGCCAUACGAAUUUCAUAUGAAGUCUGCAGAUUUGAUUCUCAAGUUGGUUAAUAUGAAGCUAGUGUUUAUCCUUCAA